AUGGCCAACUGGUCAGUGGUCACUGCUAUAAAAGCACAGGCGACCGUGGCUAGCAUAGCAAUGGCUUCCAAGAUCUCGCUGAAGCUCCUCGUUGACAACAAGACGAAGAAGGUCUUGUUCGCCGAGGCCGGCAAGGAGUUUGUGGACUUCGUCUUCAGCCUCCUCACGCUGCCGAUCGGCGCGGUGGUCAAGCUCAUCUCCGCGGGCACCAUGCAUGGCAGCAUCGGCCGGCUGUACCAGAGCGUCGACAACAUCAGCGCCUCCUACCUCCUCCCGACCACGGACAAGAAGGACCUGCUCCAGCCCAAGGUGCUGCAGCCCGACGGCGGCGAGCUGCUGCUCCUGCAGGGCGCCGGCGACGGCGCGUCGCCGCUGGGCAGGUUGAAGAUGUACACCUUCCCGGGUCAGUGCGUGACGGUGGCGUUGGAGGCCAGGGCCGUGUGCCCCCAGUGCAGGCAGGCGAUGACCACGGAGAUGGCCUUCGUGCUGCCGUCCGCGGCGCCCAAGGCCGGCGUGGGCAAGGGCGGCGGCGGCGCGUCGGGGGCGGAGGAGAGCGGCGGGUACGUGAAGGGCGUUGUGACCUACAUGGUGACCGACGGGCUGGAGGUGACGCCCAUGUCGGGCAUCUCCAGCAUCGCCCUCAUCAACAGGUUCAGCAUCGGCAAGGGCGACGUCGACCUCGCCGAGAAGUUCGUCACCGUCGGCAUGGACGAGGACCGUGCUCUUCUCAAGGCGGCGUUGCGCUCCGACACCGUGCUCUCCGAGGAAGAAUUGCAGUGA